UUCUGUUUUGGGAUAGGCUAAGUGUUUUUCUGCCGGUAGCCAAUAAAUGCAGUCGGUAAUGAAUUUAUAAUUUAACACAUGUGCUUCAGAUAAGGAACUUAAAGCCCGUUUUAUCGUUUGCCCCGUUAUAGGGGAAGUCCUGUUAAAAAAGUUAAAAGUUAAGUUGUAAGAUUUUACAGUUGCAGUACAUUCAGAGAAAGGACUGUAUUAACUGUAUUGACCUGACACACAGAUUUUGAUGGACUCAAUAGGUGUUAGCUCAAUUGUAAAUAGCUACUACGGUGGCUUUGUUGAAAUGUUGCAGUCUAUCGGUAUUGUACGUAAAUGAACGAGGUAUGAAUUGGGCAGUCGUACUGAAAGCAUACCGUUCAGAUGAAAGUUUACCUCCAAAGAUUGCCGGAAGGGUCCAUGACUGCUGCAUCAGUAAUGGUUCGUAAGAAGAAAGUAUGGAGAAUAUUGGGGACCAGCUCAAAAAAGCAUUUGAAGCUUACAGGCAAGCCUCUAUUGAGAAGGACAGUGCUAAAAGGGAGCUCCAGCAGAAGACAGAAUACUACCAAAGCUACACCCAACAGCUGGAGCAACAAAUAGAAGACCAAAAUAAAUUGAUUACUGAACUUAAAGCUCUGCUGAGUUCGGCAGCAACAAAACUUGCUUCAGAUGAGGUUUCCCAGAAGUACCCUGCUCUUCAGAAACAGGAAGUGGAAUCCUUGUCAUCCUGUGAUCAUCACACAGAGGACCUAUUGUGCAGCCACCAAAUGUUUCUGAUGAGAGAGAACAUGGAUACUGCAGAGAUGCCUCCAUGCAGACUACCCAGGACCAGUAGUGUUGGGAAUAAAGAUGUUCUUGAUGUGUUUUGGGAACUUCAGGGACAUUUCCAGUUGAUCCAGGCGUUGACACGAAAACAGACGAACCAGUUGAGGAAGAUGUCUCGGAGAGACAAUAUAGCAAGUGAGCUGCAGUUCUCCAUACCCAUUCAGUGCACAGACGUGUCGGCGGAGCGGUCCGAGGGGCCCCUGGGGUCCUUCUCUACAGCCGUCAGGUCGAGGGAAGAGGAGGAGGAGGAGGACGAAGAGGGUGCGAACCCCGAGGACGGGCGCUUUUUCGCGGACUCCCUAAUGGAGCUGAGCGUGCGGUUCCCGCCGUCUGCUGACGGCGAGCGCGAGUUCCUGAACAGCGCUGUGGGGAACCCCGCGGGCGCGGUCACCGGCGUCUCCAUGGUGACGGAGGAAAUGUCUCUGGGGAAGGCCAUCCCCUUACCAAUGCCCCACGCGGGCUCCGCCUCCACCAACCUCCCCCACGAGGGUAUACGCGGACCCCAGCAGCUACGCUGGAGCCCUGAUCUUUGUGAGUCUACGGCGCAGGGGGCCUGCGAGGCCCCCCCACGGGACCCGAACCACGGAAAAUGCGAGUUCUGCAAUGCCCUCGUUCCUUUUGCCGAAAUCUACAGCCACCUCAAUUCACACUUUCAGAGUCCAACCAGCAAUGGACACUAAUGGACACAAAGGGCGCUGGACCACUCCAUCAGGACAUACAGGGUUCAUGGCUUUGUAGCUUGCUCUGUAUCCCAUUUACCUGCAUUGAAUGCAUCAGGACUUAAGCAAGCAGCUCUCCCUUUGACAGUGUAAUUAUUUUGUCUCUGUACAACGCUUGUCUCUGUUUUAAAUUAAAGGCCUACAUUGUGGCUUGAA